UGGGCCAGCGAACCGGAGCAGGCGAAACAUCCGCCCGGAAGGCCACUUGAAGGCACUUCCGCCCUUUCUUAACAUGGCGCCGGCGGAAGGGGCGGGGUAGGGCCAGGCGAUAAUGGCGGCGUCGAGGCUGGAGCUGAACCUGGUGCGGCUGCUAUCCCGCUGCGAGGCGAUGGCAGCGGAGAAACGGGACCCGGACGAGUGGCGCCUGGAGAAGUACGUGGGAGCCCUGGAGGACAUGUUGCAGGCCCUGAAGGUCCACGCGAGCAAACCGGCCUCUGAGGUGAUCAAUGAAUAUUCCUGGAAGGUGGAUUUUCUGAAGGGGAUGCUGCAAGCCGAGAAGCUGACCUCCUCCUCAGAGAAAGCACUGGCCAACCAGUUCCUGGCCCCUGGCCGUGUGCCAACCACAGCCAGAGAGCGAGUGCCCGCCACAAAGACAGUGCAUCUGCAGUCACGGGCGCGGUACACCAGCGAGAUGCGGAGUGAGCUACUAGGCACGGACUCUGCAGAGCCUGAGAUGGACGUGAGGAAGAGAACCGGAGUGGCAGCGUCCCAGCCAGUGAGUGAGAAGCAGUCGGCAGCUGAGCUAGACCUCGUCCUGCAGCGACAUCAGAAUCUCCAGGAAAAGCUGGCAGAAGAGAUGCUAGGACUGGCCCGGAGCCUCAAGACCAAUACGCUGGCCGCCCAGAGUGUCAUCAAGAAGGACAACCAGACCCUGUCACACUCACUGAAAAUGGCAGACCAGAACCUGGAGAAGCUGAAGACGGAGUCAGAGCGGCUGGAGCAGCACACGCAGAAGUCAGUCAACUGGCUGCUCUGGGCCAUGCUCAUUAUCGUCUGCUUCAUCUUCAUUAGUAUGAUCCUCUUCAUUCGAAUCAUGCCCAAACUCAAAUAAAGACCCCCGCCCACCUU